GGUACCAGAACAGAGAGUUUCUCUAUGAGGACUGGUCUCCCUGGUACCAAGAGCUGCUCAGCAGUGAGGAAGCAGUCACAUACUCCUGUGCUGUCAAAGGCUACGAGGAUCUCAGAGCCCCUGAAGUCUCUGUGGAUUCCAUCACAGAGACCUGCUUCAGUGUGACCUAUGCUAAAGGGAGAAUGUGUUCUUCUCAGCAGACAUCAGUGGACGAGUCCUGCUCCAUCACAUAUCCCAGAGAAAUUCAUGUCCAGAGGACUCCUGCUGAACAAAGAGGUCAAAUCAGACUGACCUGUAACAGCAGCUGUUUUCUGACUGAGCCUCUGAUUUCCUUUGUGUGGUAUGAGAACAGAAAGACUACAGUGCAGGAGGAAAAACAGAUUCUAGUUUCCAGCUCUCAAACAGACAGUUUCUCUUGUGCUGUAAAAGGUCUUGAGGAUUUGCGCUCUGCUGACGUCUGUGUUAGUGAUGAUUCCUGCUGGAGUUUGAAUUAUGUCCACAGCAGAAUCUGUGCUCUGGAAGGAUCUUCAGUCAACAUCUCCAGUAAAUACUCACAUCCUGACUAUGAGCAGAUACAGUCUAAAUGUUGGUAUAAAUUUAAGGGAAAUGCUGAGGAGGAAGCUGAACAGCUGACUGAGGAUGCAGAUCAUGUGGAGUAUGAUGACAUCAUGAAGAACCAACACAUCCUCAGAUUAAAGAAGCUGAAGAGAGAUGACUCAGCAGAAUACAGGUUUACAAUCACAACAGAAUAUGAAGAAGUGAUAGAGUCUGAUUUUCUUGGAGUUACUCUGAUUGUCACAGAGCUGAGAGUGAAGAUGAGUCCUUCUGCAGUGGUGACAGAGGGUCAGAGAGUCACACUGACCUGCAGUACCAGCUGUCCUCUGACUGACAACACAAACUACAUUUGGUACUUGAACAGUCGACCUCUGACCCCGAGAGAGAACCAGAACAAACAUCUGAUCCUAGACCCAGUCAGCAGGGAGAAUGCAGGGAGCUACUCCUGUGCUGUGAAAACCAACAAAGAUAUCAGCUCUGCUCCAAAGACUCUCACUGUCCAAAGUAUCACAGGAUCACGGACACGAGCACCUGCAGGAGUUUCUGCAGCUCUGCUGGUUUUAUUACUUUUCACUGUCUUCUGUUUGAUCAGAUGAAUCUUGAUCUCAUGUAUGAAAACAUCUCAGCUCAGUCAGCAGGGCAGGAUGAUCAUCACUACAGCAGACUUCAGUGACAACCACACAGCUGAUCUCUACUCCACCAUCGAGCCACUGUGUGCUCAAUAAAGAAACGUUUGGUCAUAUGGUGAUUUUAUCUACAGUGAUAAACCUUUACCAUCACAGCAAAGACACUGCAGCUUCUUGAUCCAUCAGUGGAUUAUGCUCACUUUUUUGGAAUAUAAAUUACAGUAGAAAUAAGUUGAAAAUGAAAUCCAAUUGAGAUUGAAAAGCUCAAGCCUUAAUCUUAAGCACUUUACUUUGUGUGCUUCUGAUGCCACUAAUGAAAACAUCAAAGCCAUUGUGUCUGCAGGUUUCUCUUCUGUUAGGUUUUUGUCUGUACCACAAAAUAACCACUAACAGUGUCACACGUCCCUGCUUUCACUGUCAGCAUUGUCAGGUUUUUGAUGAACAUAUAAUAAUAUGUGGCCAUGUCACAUGUUUAACUGAGCUGCUUUGAAUGUAGUUUGUCUGGAGACAAACUCAGAAAGGUCAAAUCCCUUUUCAGCCUUUCAGGAGUAAUGUAAAUGAUGUUUCUGGAAUGUAGAAAUUAUGCAUAAUUUUUCUCAUUAAUUUAUUUAAGAAAACAGUUUUUAA